AUGGUGCUCACCCUAAAGCCUGCUCGUUUCGACGAUGGCGAUGCCAUCGCCCACAUCAUGGCCGAGUCGUUCUUCUCCAUGCGCAUACAGCAGCGCCUCUUCCCCAACGUUUCCUUGAGGACCAAGACGGAGAACCAAAGGAUGCAGUGGCCACAAAGAUACUCGGCCAGCAAUGUGCGACACAACAAGAUUGUCGAUGACGAGACGGGCGAGGUAGUGUCCUACGCCAACUGGGAGUUUGUCAACGUGGACGCCUCGGAGUUGGUGUCGAAUAUCUCUGACUUGCCGGCGGGUUGUGUCAUUGAUACUGAAAGGAGAAGCAAAGGCGUAGACCAGGCCUUUGCUGAAGCGGUAGGAAAAGAGAUGGGGCAGCUGCAGCCGGAAGAUUUGCCGACCAGGCCUUACUUGACUCUGCUGGGGAUUGGUACUCUUUCCAAGCGCCAGGGAUCCGGGGCCGGUGGCAUGCACAUGAGAUGGGCCGCGCAGGUCGCGGAUGAGAAGCGCAUACCAAUCUACAUCGAGGCAGCGCAAGAGGCGGCUCCAUUCUAUACUCGUCACGGUUAUACGACAAUCAAAACUGUUCAAGUAGACCUGGGACCGGAAGAUCGAAACCCUUACAUCAUUUCUUCCAUGAUACGGGAACCGGAGUUUUGUUCAGAGACCUAA